AUGGUGUUUAGUUGCCUUGGCUCAGCCAUCGGUACAGCCAAAUCCGGUAUAGGUAUCGCUGGUAUCGGUACUUUCAAGCCGGAAUUGAUUAUGAAAUCGUUGAUUCCAGUGAUUAUGUCCGGUAUCUUGGCUGUGUAUGGCUUGGUAGUGGCUGUGCUUAUAGCUGGUAAUCUCAAUCCUCAGUCUGACUACACUCUAUUUGCCGGUUUCAUGCAUUUUGGUUGUGGUAUGUCUGUGGGAUUGGCUUGUUUGGCUUCUGGUUAUGCAAUCGGCGUUGUGGGUGAUGAGGGUGUUAGACAGCUCAUGCACCAACCGAGGUUGUUCGUUGGUAUCGUGCUUAUCUUAAUUUUUGCCGAAGUCUUGGGUUUGUAUGGCAUGAUUGUCGGUUUGAUCAUGAACACUAAGGGUAACGCUUAA